CACCCAUGGAUGAAUUCUAACGCAACACAGGCAGCUGAGAUUAAAGGUCUGUUCCUAUAAUGGUCCUGGAAGCUGCAAUGACAAUGCGCUCCUGUCUGAUGGUCACCUGCCUCCUGUCUGCUAUUGCAGCUAAAGGUUAUUCUCUGUCAUGCAUUGAAUGUAUGUCACAGGAGGGCACUAUAUGUAAUGGAACAUCGAAGGUCUGCUCGUCUGGAGAUGAUUCUUGUAUUUCCACUUACAUCCUUACAUCAAUGGGUGGAAUGGAAAUAGCCAAAAUGUAUAUCCGGCAAUGUGCACCAAACAAAUUGUGCUCGAAGACUGGGAGUAUCAGCCUUCCCAAUGGUAGGAUAAAGACCGGGACUACCUGCUGCAAGACCAAUGAUUGUACACCUGCCAAUCCUGUCCUUCCUUCAGACUCGAAUGAAAAAAAUGGCUUGUCAUGUAAAACAUGUUUUACCCCAAAUUCUAAGUCCUGUGACACCAACCUGCUCACCGACUGUUUAGGAAGUGAGACUACGUGCAUAAAUCAACUCACGACUAGAACAGGAAAGGUUCCCACCUCAACAGUCGUACGUGGCUGUUCCACCAAAGAGAUGUGUGAACCUGCCCACCAGGUGUGGCACCUUGGUGAGAUGACCAUUCUUUUAGAAAACACUUGUACAAACCGCGGUGUCCAUGUACAACCCAGUCUGCUCCUGGCGAUCAUCUCCCUCGGGCUCAUUUGGAAGUCCUCCUGUUAAUCCUUGAAACUUAGUUGUGCAAAUGUAACCACAAUGAUAAAACCUAUGUCUAUUUCUUCCACUGUAUAUUUGGGGCUUGUAUGUAUGUAUGUAAGGUUGCACUUGUACUACAAAACUUGAAUUCAAUCUCGAUUUGAACGCUGAAGUUCCAAUAGGUUUCAAUCUUACAAAUUGAUAAUAAUUACUGUAUAUAAAUGAUUGCUAUUGCAUCUCUAUAUAAGCUACUAUCUUCUAAUACCUUCUAGUUAUAUGUAUAUUAUGUCCAGUGCCUUGCAAAAGUAUUCUCCCCCCUUGACUUUUUUUGUGUUUUGUUACAUUACAGCCUUAAGUUCAAUGUUUUGUUAAUCUGAAUUUUAUGUAUGGAUCAGAA